UUAGAAGCAAGAUUAAGCACAUUGUGGCGAGGAGGUUUACAAGUUGCAACAGAUUUUCAUCUUCCUUGGGAGUUCCCCUCUCUUCAACUUUCAUCAAUGGGAAAAUGGAAUCGCAGAUAUAUACCCACACGGAAGCCGAGGCAAUACGACUAUGACGAUCCGCCUCCAUCUCCCCCGAGACCCUAUUCUUCUGGAGUUGCUCACAGUAGGGUGCCGUCAUGGGAAAUAGACUAUUGCCAUUCUUGUAAAGUUCCUUGGAAUAAGGUGUUGGCAUCCAAAAAGUACAUAUACAGUUAUCCUAGUGUGCUCAAUUGGGAUGGUUCUGCUGGUAAAGAAGCAUUGGAGAAUGCAAAACAACGAUUCUGGGCCAAGAUCAAUGGUCAUCUAUGUGAUAACCCUUUGCCAGACCCAGACAUGUACAUCGAUGAGAUUGAUUGGAACCCAUAUAUAGAUCGUGAGCUGAUGGAAGAUCUAGAUCUACAAGUUUUUUAUCCAGAUGAAGCAGAGAAGUUAGGACAGCUGGAUACCAUUAACGAAGAGGUUGAGUGCGCUCAAACACAGCAUGAUAAAAAGCAAUACACUAGUGAUAACCCUUGGGAAAGAGAUCAGGUGCACGGUACUGAUAAUUUAAAACAAGCGAAUGCUUGGGAUAGGUGGGAUGAUACAUUAAAUCUGAGAAAUGACGAUCCAUGGGAGCAAAGUUGCCGGAAACUUGUUGGUUCUUCGAAGGAUAAUACUUGGGGGAUUAGAAGUGAAUCUUGGGAAUGGCCCCAGGGUCUUGACAAAACUCAGUCAUCUUCCUUUGCUGAUUCUGGACGUGGCAAGUCUUGGAAUUGUAAUGAGAAAACCAUGGCUGUUAGAGAAGACGGAUGGGGACAGGGACAUAGAGAAAACAAUUCUUGGAGUUGGGGUCCGGGGAAUAACAAUUCUACAAGAGUGCCAUUAUUUGAAACUAACAAUUCUAUAGGCUCAAAAGAGAGAGGUUGGAGGGACAACAGGAAUGUGUCUUGGGGUGUGCGGGAUGCAAGAUAUGAUGAUAGUGAGGCCAAGCAUUGGGAUCCAAAUUUCAGGCAGGGUGGAUGGUCCUCUAGGGGUGGUGGCCGAAAGCGAGAAAGUUCUGUACAGCACACGUCAAAAUAUAAGAGCUCCAGAUAUCUUGGUGACCCAUAUGGAUAUGGUUUUGGAGGAUGCAACUGGUUCUUAAGGAUUUUGCAUUUUCUAUAUACAACCUAACGAUGGACCUUUUUAAGAGUCAAUCCGGCAGAGAAGGGAAUUAGCUGGUGAAGUAUGGUACCCCUAGCUGCACACUCAUUCUUUUGUGAUUCAUAAAUGCGGACUUGUGGACUUCCGAAGAUUUUGAUUCUUAUGGUAGACUAACGUAUGAUUGUCCUGGGUUCUAAAGAAACAGCUCCUAGUUUGCAUACUAGGAAAAAUUGUAAGAAACAUCUUAUAGAAGACAGAAAUAGUACAAUUUUGUUUGUCAAUUAAGUUUGGACUGACUUGAAAAUUGUAAGAAACAUUUUAUAGGAGAGAGAAGAAAUACUGCUGUUUUACUUAGUUGUAAUUCAACCAUGUGCUGUUAUUAUGAUCUUA